GAGCCUUGGCACCUGAGCGAACACGGGAGGGGCAGGGGGACACUGGCCACUGUUCACCUUGGGAGUGCACAAAACACAGGAGGUACUUAAGCCCCUGCACAGCCCCUUGAAACCUCUUCUGAGCUCUAACCCUCCACAGCUGAGGACACAGGCAGUGUUUUCCUUACCUUGUUGGCAGGGUAUCGCUUUCAGCUGACUCUGGUGGAGCCGCUAUGACCGAAACAACAGGUUACUCGGGGAGUGGGCUUGUCCUCGUUAGAAACCCACACCUGGACUUGAUGGAGGAGGAUGUCCUGUACCACUUGGACUUGGGAACCAAGACGCACAACCUGCCAGCAAUGUUUGGGGACAUAAAGUUUGUCUGCGUUGGCGGCAGCCCGAACAGGAUGAGGGCGUUUGCGCAGUUCAUGCAGCGGGAGCUGGGCCUGGCUGGUGACGGGGAGGACGUGGCUGACAUCUGUGCGGGGUCGGACCGCUACGCCAUGUACCGGGCAGGGCCCGUGCUCUCCAUCAGCCAUGGAAUGGGCAUCCCUUCCAUUUCCAUUAUGCUUCAUGAGCUGAUCAAACUGCUGCACCAUGCAAAAUGCCGGGACGUUACCAUUAUACGCAUCGGUACUUCUGGGGGCUUAGGGAUCGAGGCCGGGUCUGUUGUGAUCACUGACACGGCCGUGGACUCCUCCUUCCAGCCACGCUUUGAGCAGGUGGUGCUGGACGAUGUGGUGGUGCGGAGCACCGAGCUGGACAAGGACCUUGCGGAGGAACUACUCGCCUGCAGCAGGGACAUUCCCGACUUCCCCACUCUCAUUGGCCAUACCAUGUGCACCUACGACUUCUACGAAGGUCAGGGGAGAUUAGAUGGUGCAUUAUGCUCUUUUUCCAGUGAAAAAAAGUUGGAGUACUUAAGGAGGGCUUAUGACGCUGGCGUGAGGAAUAUUGAGAUGGAGUCCGCAGCAUUCGCUGCCCUGUGUGGACUGUGUGGUCUCAAAGCCGCCGUCGUCUGCGUGGCGCUCCUGGACCGGCUGGAGGGGGACCAGAUCCGGGCGUCCCACGAGGUGUUGUGGGAGUACCAGCAGCGGCCGCAGCGCCUGAUCGCCGCCUUCAUCCGCAAGCGCCUGGGACUUUUCCCCACGGCCUGACGGUGACUGCACAGGCACGGGGCUCCGCGCCGGGAGAGGGACAGCUCCGGGCCCGGCCCGGCCCGGCCCACGGACCCUGCUCCGGGAACGGGAGAGCUCCGGGCCCGGCCCGGCCCACGGACCCUGCUCCGGGAACGGGAGAGCUCCGGGCCCGACCCGGAUCACGGACCCUGCUCCGGGAACGGGGGAGCUCCGGGAACGGGGGAGCUCCGGGCAGGAGCGGCCGCAGCCAGCCGACACCGCGGGGCGGGAGCUGCCGGCCUGAGCGCGGCUGGAACCGCACAUGGGACACGAUCUGCACUGACCAGAAAUUCAGGCUGUGGAACAGAGCUGCAGGUUCCUCACUCCUGGCUCAGCCGCCCUAAAGGACUGUCCUGUUAAGGGCACUCCUGCCCACAGCGAUUUUCCAGGAAGGAGAUCCCUUUGCUUUGAGCAUAGACAAAACCUAAGUAAAUGACAUGAAAAAUUAACCCGUAUUUGUGCCCAGUAUUGUUACUGCUGUUAAAAAGGCCGUUCAGAUUUUCAUCUACGGUAUUUAAAGAUGUCACAAACAGGCACAUGGCAGAGUUUGAGUAGGAGAGGGACACCACAGCACCCAACCGUGGUGAGCUGAGGAGCUGACCUUCAAGCACCAGUUAACAUUAAAGACACUUUUCUCACCGCCAAAAUUCACAAAUAAAUAGUCUAUCUUGAAACCAAA